AUGGCGCAAUACUUCUUCGACCUCUUAUACAAUUUCACGGAUUGCAUGUGCUGCUUUCCUAGCUCUCCACAGCUAAAGAUCAACAAUCGAAGUUUCAAGCUCCUGCGACUACUCGGCGAGGGCGGAUUUUCCUACGUCUACCUGGUCCAAGACAAAUCCACCUCCGAGUUAUUCGCCUUAAAAAAGAUUCGCUGUCCAUUCGGCCAGGAAUCCGUAUCGCAAGCUUUGAAGGAAGUGGAAGCCUAUAACCUAUUCAACUCCCAAUCGAACAUCAUCCACUCGAUCGACCACUGCGUCUCCACAGAAUCCGGCUCCAAGUUCCGAUCGGACGGCGGCGAUCCAGGGUCUAAGACCGUCUACAUCCUCCUCCCAUACUACCAGCGCGGCAACUUGCAAGAUGCCAUCAAUGCAAACCUGGUCAACCAUACCAAGUUCCCGGAGAAGCGGCUGAUGGUGUUGAUUCUGGGUGUCGCGGAUGCACUUCGCGCGAUGCACCAGUACCGCGUUAAGAGUGGGGCGUCAUCAACCCGCAAGGCUAAGGGUGUAAGGAGGGAAGGCGAGGAGGCAGAUGCCGAACGGACAAUGCAAAUGAAACCAAAACGGCGGGCAAGUCAGCGUGCGGAUGAUGAUGACGAGGAGAAUGAACCUCUCAUGGAUGAUGAAGUCACUCGUAGUCAGGAGGGUGUAGAGGAUGGAGACCUGCGUCCCUAUGCGCACCGAGACGUGAAGCCCGGUAACAUCAUGAUUGCGGACAAUGGCCAGACUCCCAUUUUGAUGGAUCUGGGCUCAUUGGCGCCUAGCCCCAUCGCUAUUACCUCUCGUUCACUCGCGUUGGCAGUCCAAGAUACUGCGGCUGAACACUCGACGAUGCCAUACCGCGCACCUGAGCUCUUCGAUGUGAAGACCGGAUCUAUCAUCGAUACCAAGGUGGAUGUGUGGUCACUUGGUUGUACCCUGUACGCCUGCCUGGUCGGCAAGAGUCCCUUUGAGGCACGCAGCGAAGAAACCGGUGGUAGCUUGAGCAUGUGUGUUCUCGGUGGUGACUGGCGCUUCCCCGAUGAGAAGUCCGGCGCUUCCAAAGGGAAGGCCAAGUCUGGCGAAGGUGAAAGUGCCAAGAGUGAUGAGCCGGCUAUCAGCGAGGCUGUCAAGGAUGUUGUUCGCAAGUGUCUCACUGUGGAACCCUCUGAGCGACCCGACAUUGGGGAAUUGAUGGAGCUCAUGAAGGGUGUUAUUGCGCAAAUGCCCGAGGAUGACGGCGCAGGUCCUUCUCACUAG